CCGGGAACGGGAGCGGGGCUGGGAGCGGGCACCGGAGAUGGGGCCGGGCGUCCCCCCCUCCUCCGGUCCCCGACCUCAGCCCCGUGCAGGGCUGCCGGGGAAUGACUCCAGGGACGGGGCCCGGCCGCGCUUGGCUGCAGGCAGGAAGGGCAGCCCCGGGGUCUCCUUCCCUGACAGCAGAGCCCACCAUGCAGGCAGACUCCGUGCUCCACAGCGGCUACUUCCACCCCGUGCUGCGCUCCUGGCAGUGCACAGCCACCACCUUCGAUGCCUCCAACCUCAUCUACCCCAUCUUUGUCACGGACAGCCCUGAUGCUGUGGAGCCAAUUCCCAGCCUUCCUGGACAAGCCAGGUAUGGAGUGAACAAGCUGGAGGGGAUGCUGCAGCCUCUUGUUGAAGACGGCCUCAAGUGUGUGCUCAUCUUUGGGGUGCCCAGCAAGGUCCACAAGGACGAGAGAGGCUCUGCUGCUGAUGCCGAGGGCACUCCUGCCAUCCAGGCCAUCAGGAAGAUCCACUCCACCUUCCCGGAGCUGCUGAUUGCCUGUGAUGUCUGCCUGUGCCCUUACACCUCGCACGGGCACUGCGGCAUCCUGCGUGAAGAUGGCACCAUCCAGAACGAGCUCAGCUGCCAGCGCCUGGCCGAGGUGGCACUGGCUUAUGCCAAAGCAGGCUGCCACAUCGUGGCCCCCUCAGACAUGAUGGACGGGCGCAUUGCAGCCAUAAAGCAGGCACUGAUCUCCAACGACCUGGGCAACAAGGUCUCAGUGAUGAGCUACAGUGCCAAGUUUGCCUCGUGCUUCUACGGCCCCUUCAGGGACGCGGCGCUGUCCAAGCCUGCCUUUGGGGACCGGCGCUGUUACCAACUGCCCCCGGGCGCCCGCGGGCUGGCCGUGCGCGCUGUGGACCGGGACGUGCGGGAGGGCGCGGACAUGCUGAUGGUGAAGCCGGGGAUGCCCUACCUGGACCUCGUCAGGGACGUCAAGGCUCGGCACCCCACGCACCCGCUGGCCGUGUACCACGUCUCGGGGGAGUUCGCCAUGCUGUGGCACGGGGCGCAGGCCGGCGCCUUCAGCCUGGAGGCGGCGGUGCAGGAGGCGAUCACGGCCUUCAGGCGCGCAGGGGCCGACAUCAUCAUCACCUACUUCACACCGCAGCUGCUGCGCUGGCUGCGGGAGGCGGCGGGCCGGCACUGAGCGCGGCCAUUGCGGCCGGGGCGGUUCUCCGGGAGGGGAGGGAAUUCCGGCAGGGGAGGGAAUUC